AGUGCCUAGUGCUAGUUAGUGAAAUUGUUUGUAGUAGCCCUCUAUGCUAGCUUAGUUGCUAAAUGUUUAUGCAGCAUUAUGUUAUUUAGGUUAAAUUAGACACUGUGUUUCAACCCUUUCCAGCACGGUUAUUUCUCCAUUCAUUUUAGAAAAUCCUGAAGCAGCUGGUCGAUGCAGCCGUUGAUAUGCACAAAAACAUCUUCCAUCGUGACUGGAGAAUGUUCUCGUUCAGCUGGAGUCUGGUGAAACAAGAGUCUGCAUCAUCGACUUUGGCUGUGGCAGCUUCUCCACAGAGACACCUUUCCAUUCCUUCAGUGGAAUAUCUGAAAUGUACCACAAUAUACACCCCGCCAGAGUGGUUGAAUUACAGGACAUACCAGGCCCGUCCUACCACAGUUUGGCAGCUGGGGGCGCUCUUCUACUCACUACUUCCUGGACAUGAGCGUUUUACCACCAUGGACUUCAUCAACAGGAAAAUCCAUAUCAGCAGAGAACUGCCCAAAGACUGCAGGACACUGCUGUACAUGUGCCUGAACAGUGACCCCAUGGACCGUGUUACUCUGGAGGAUCACCAGCAGUAUAUUGCCCUCAGGUGACUGAGCCCCAUGGAUCCAGGGCUUCUUUGGACUCAUGAUCUCGGCUCUUGGUGUUCAAUAAUGCCGUUGAUCCAUACUUAUUCAAUCUACAGGAUGAAUAUUGCACAUUUCCCACCUCUGGAUCCUGUAGCAACCCCAGCCGUCCGUGUAGAGGGGAUCUCUCUUUGAAUUGCCUCUUCCCAGGUUUCUUCCCAAAUUCCUUCAGGUCUCAGGAUAGAGACUAAGCGAGAGAUGAGGCCAGGGAGGAAAGAUUGUUAAGUGUAGUUGAAAAGAUUGUGGAAAAAAUGUAAAAAUAAAUGUAAUAAAAUGAAAAAGGUAACAA